AUCCUAGAGAAUGCCGGAAUGUCUCAAUGCAAUCCAGUCAGCACACCCAUGGCUCCUGGCAUCACGCUCCAGAAGGCCACUCGACCUCCCACCACUGAUGAGGUGGCUAUCAUCGCCUCUAUCCCUUAUCAUCGCACAAUUGGUGAACUUAACUAUGCAAUGAGGACUACU